AUGACUCUGACGACGAUGAAAAAACCACAGAAGAAAAAUAUUCAAGGCGACAUUAUCGAUUCAUCGACGGACAACGAUAUCAUAAUUCGCGAAACUCCGCCUACUAGUAAUUUCUCGGCAUUGGUGGAAAAGAAAAUGUUAAAUGAUAAAAGUGUAAAAGUCCUUGAUGUUGGCUGUGGACCAGGAACAUGGCUACUUGAAAUGAGCUCUGAAUUUCCGAAAUAUGAUACAUUCGAUUUUGUACAUAUGCGAUUUUUGUGUAUUGCGUUCACUGAAGAUGAAUGGGAGCACAAGGUUAUACCAGAAUUAACGCGCCUGGUGAAACCGGGAGGAUAUAUUGAGAUUAUGGAGGCAGACUUACAGUUUAAGCAUUUAGGAAAUAACGGGAGAAUAUUCUUGAAUGCAUGGCUUCAAGAUCUAAACUCUCGCUUCAUCAACCCAUUAAUAAUUCACAAACUUGAAGGAUAUCUACACGCCACGCCCGCUCUUCACAAUAUCGUUCUCGAACACCGGCCAAACCCUGUCGGCGACUGGGGCGGUCGUAUUGGGAAAGUAGCCGCAGACAUUUUCGUCUCGCUAAUACGAUCUCUCGAGACACGAAUCAUUGAUCGAAUGGGUCUAACGUCGGCCGAGUUCCAGGAGUUGAUAGAGUUUGCCGCGCAUGAGUUCAACGAGCAAAACACUUAUGCGGAGAGUUAUCGUAUCUAUGCGAGGAAGAUAUGCGAUGAUGAUGGAAUAGAGGCAGGGAGUUCUACGUUGACUUCACCGACUGCUAUGAUGAGUAGUGUUGACGCAGAGACGAGACAUUCGAAGGAACUCCCGCAAAAGUAUUAUACUUUCUAUUGA